AUGGAGCACAAGACAGCCGAUCAUCACUUCCUUCCACGCAGCAGCGACUGUGAGAAAAGCGACAACAACACCGACGAUCACAGCCGGAGCGGCACUACAGCAAGCCAUGUAACUCCUCUCUCCAAGCCGGAGGUUCAUGAGAACCUUGCCGAUGCCUUGACAAGUCCCAGAGACCACGGCGCAAAAUCCCGGACAGUCUUAGAUCUCGAUGUGGAUCCUGUUCGGCUUCGACGGCUUCAGUGGAAGAUCGAUCUUCAUAUCCUACCCUUCUUAAUGUUCGGGCUGUUAUUGAACUUCAUGGAUAAGGCUCUAUACAAUUACGCCCAAGUCAUGGGAUUCAUUGCAGAUCUGCAUUUGAAGGGCAAUGAUAUAUCCAAUGCUGCUUCAGCGUUCUACCUCGCAGUGCUCGUUGCCGUCAUUCCCACUGUGUACUGUCUGCAGCGGUUUCCCACUGCCGUUUGGCUUGCGUUGUCUCUAUUCUGUUGGGGCAUUUGCGUCGCGUGUCAUGCCGCAAUACAGGAUUAUACCGGCCUUGUGGUCGUUCGCGUACUCAGCGGGAUCUCCGAAGCGGCCGUCCCAUCAUGCUUGAUGCUCUUGACUGGUCAGUUUUACACUCGCAAGGAGCAGCCAGUCCGCUUCUCGAUCUGGUAUUGUGGGAUGGGAUUGGGACAGAUAUUCGGCGGUCUCAUCUCCUGGGGCUCACAACACAUUCCGGCGGAUUCACCUCUUGCUAGUUGGCGCAUCAUGUUUCUCGCAGUCGGCAUCUUUACCUCGCUUAUCGGCGUAGCUGUCUUUUUCCUGGUCCCCUCCACUCCGAUGCAAGCCUGGUUCCUCGGCGAAGAUGAGAAAAUACUCUUGCUGCUCCACAUCCGCGAGAAUCAAACGCCUAUCAGCGAGACCGACACACAAUUCCAACCCCGGCAGAUCCUCGAAGCCCUCACCGAUCUUCACGUAUGGCUACCUUGGCUCGUGGUAGUCCUCCACUUAUCAGGCGCCGCCACCAUCAGCACUUUCUCCAGCAUGUUAAUCCGCGGGUUCGGCUUCGAUGCCAAGACUGCCACCCUUCUCAACAUGCCCUCUGGUCUGGUCAAUAUGAUAUCAACCCUCUUCUCCGGCAUGGGAGCAACUCUCUUCGGCCAACGAUGGGCAUGGGCUACUUUCGCCUCGGUCGUCAGCAUCCUUGGUGCAAGUCUACUCGCAUUCCUCCCUCAUUCGAACCAAGCGGGCCUCGUAGCAUCCAUUUAUCUCGUCAAUGCCAUUUCCGGCGCAACGCCGCUCGUCAUGCAAUGGCUCGUGGGAAAUACCGCGGGGCACACCAAGCGCGCUUUCACCAGCGCCUCGUUGAGCGCAGCGUUUGCAUUGGGCAGUUUCAUCGGCCCGCAGACGUUCCGUGCUGCGGAUGCGCCAGGAUAUCAACCUGCAAAGGUUGCAUCGGUGGUACUUUGGUCCGUUGCAACUGUGCUGGUCAUUCUUUUGAUGAUAUGUUGCCGCACGGUGAACGCAAUACGCGAUCGUAAGGCAGAGGGCAACGAUGCGGAACGUACGCCGCAGGCGGAAAACGACUUCGUACGCCUGACGGAUAAACAAAAUCCGAAUUUUAGAUAUCAAUACUAG